UGAUAGUCGGGCAAGCUAACCACACUUUUGGACAGGCUGUUGUUUUGCCCGGAUUGUCGAAAGUGCAGCAUACCUUCGUGUAGCAUCCGAAAGUGAAAAUGGCCCAUCCGGAAAAACCGACCAAAAUUUCCAAACUGCUGCGGAUUAAGGCGCAAGAAUUUCUAAGUUGCACGGAGAAUACGGCAGGUUUUCUGCAAAUAAUCAGGCAUUUUGAAUCUGGGGCGGACACAGCAUCCUGUUUACUCGCGUUGGACAUGAUUUUCACCCAUUUGCUGAAGGACCGUAAAAUGCACUUUGAAAUUGUUCCUUUGAAAGCUGUGGAGCGAUCCGUGGAAAACGACAAGAGAAAGUGGCUAAUGGAUACAUAUGAGGAAUGUUAUAUAAAAAUACUGGACUGUAUGGAUCAUGACAAUUCAAAAGUCGGUCUGCAAGCGCUGUCCACUGCUAUGAGCCUUUUGGCCACUGAAUGUAGACAUCCACUGCUAAGAUACACCUCAGACCAAGAGAACUACUUUCCUGUUAAUAAGCUGAGGUCGGUUUUGAUGAAAUUGUUGUCGGUCAAACGGAACAACACGCCUCUGAUCAAUAAACACACCGAGUAUUUAAUAUUCGAUGACAUUUUGUUUUACACGUGGAAACUACUACCAUCUCUAACAGCCAAGUCUAAUCCCAAUGAGCUCUAUAUUAUGAACUAUCUAUCGCUGUUGGAGAAAAUGCAGAUCUAUCCUAAUGCUGAAACAAAACAUCUAUGUGGAGAAGACCAAGCAUCACUUAUCAACUUUGACGAAACAUUAACAAAGAAAAACCUAAACAGAGUGUGGCAGUGUAUAAUGCUUUGGGAACAUACUCAGGAAACGCAUCGCCAACUUUUAGUCGUCCUACUCGAAAAAGUGUUAGUUCAUCUGGACAAACCGUUGAUCCUCACCGACUUCCUAAUGGACUCUUUGGACGUCGGCGGCCCUGUCAGCUUGUUAGCAUUACAAGGCAUUUUCACGAUGAUCCAAGUGCAUAACUUGGAUUAUCCCAAUAUUUUCGCCAAACUAUAUUCCAUGUUCGAACCAGAAAUUUUUCAUACAAAAUACAAGGCCCGGCUGUUCUAUUUGGCGGAUUUGUUUCUCAGUUCUACGCAUUUGCCCGAAAUGCUGGUCGCAGCUUUUGCUAAAAGACUUGCCCGGCUGGCCUUAUUGGCCCCUUCCGAGGAUAUCAUUAUUAUCUGCCACUUUGUAGGAAAUUUAAUUUUAAGGCAUCCUGGGUUAAAAUACCUGCUACACAAUGGCAACGGAGCCAUAACUAGUUUAGACCCUUAUAUAAUGGAAGAAAGAGAUCCCCUAAAAUCAAACGCCAUCAAUAGUUCCUUAUGGGAGUUGCAGACUCUCCAAAGUCAUGUUCAGCCUUCCGUAGCGGCUGCAGCCAGAUUUAUUGGCGCUCCUCUUCCAUCAGUCGAAUGGGACAUUGGUAAAGUAUUGGAAAACUCUGGUGAUGACAUCUUCGACAAGGAAAUUAAAAAGAUGAGCAAACUGAUAGUGUUGCAAUUCGAGCAACCGAAAGAACUGACGUUGUCUCGAGGAGAUAAAGUCAGUGAAUUUUGGGAAUUUUCAUAAUUUGAUUUUUAAAUAAUGUGCUGCCAUUUUUAGUCUUUGGAAGAUAAAAGCAAUGAUGUUCACGAAAUAGUACGUUGACUCAUAUUUUCAAGCUUUCCCUACCUGUCACAAGUUCAAUACCCAACUUGAUAAUGAAUCUAAACAAAAUUUGUCUUCUUAAGACUGAUAUUAAUGAAAGUUAUUAAUGUGAUUGAUUAAUCUGAUAUGUUUUUUACCGUUUAUAUUAUAAUUAGUAGGCUUUUAACGUAUUUAAAUUACUACGUUUAGAUGCUAGUGAUUGGUUACCCUGUUUUGCAAUAUUCCUGUAAAAAACUGUCCUGAAGCUGUUUGGGACGAAUGUUUGAAAUUGUUAAACAAGGCCACAUCUAAUCACUGUUUUGUCACAUUCACUGAUCGUUUAAGUAGAAGUCGCUGUUAAUCGUAUUGGUUUAUGUAAUACAUAUCUUAGUAGAAAAUAA